AUGCGGCGCAGGCCAACCGAAUCACCCUCACGCGUGCGUGACCCGCCCAGUAAGCAUGAAGUCAGUAGGGGCCUACUGGCCGUGGCGGUGGCGCUGGCGGCUGCGAAGGCGAUCGAAGACGAGCUGCAGACAGAGGUGCACGGCGACCGCGAGGACGACGCCGGCGCGGGCGCGCUGCCCGCGGGCCAUCGCGAGGGCGACGGGAGCCAGGCUGCCGAGGAGGCGUGCGCGUUUAUCGCUGGUCCGAGGCUGCCACGCGGUGUGCAUGGUAGGGCGGGUCUGGCAGCGGACCUGCCAGAUCACAAGCCCCUGUGA